AUGGAUAUUCAAGGAGAUGGUACCAAAAACAUGAAUGGUUCAAUUGGUGAUCUUGAAGACAAAAAUGACAAAAAUGAUGAUGAAUGUGGAAAUUUGGACAUAUGGGAAAUUGAUGAUGAUGACUACUUAGAUAAUGAUAAUAUGAACAUUGAUGAACCUGAACUUGAUAGACACUCAACAAAAUCAAAAACAAGAUAA